AUGUCUGGCCUGAAAUGUCCACAGUGUGGCUCGGUGGACGUGGUGGAGGAUGAUCUGUACGGUCAGUCCCAGUCCGUGUGCGUGGACUGCGGCUCCGUGGUGCGGGAAGGAUCUCUCGCCCCGGACCCAGUGGGAGGCACAGAUGUCAGCUACAGCUUCUCCACACAGAAGUCCAAAAGGCCGUGUCCAAACCUGAUCAAAGGCCUGCAGAGGGCCCGCUCUCUCUGUCGCGUCCUCAGAGUGAACAGUGACAUAGAGACUCUGACGCUGUCGUACUUUGAGCGAGCCUACGUCCAUGAGCGCUUCCUCUGUGUGAGUCUGGAGAAGAAGGAGGUGCUGGCCGGGUGCUGCCUGCUGGCCAGCUGCAGGACCCACGGCUGGCCGGUCACCAUGGCGACCGUGGCCUUCCUGCUGGAGACGGACGCCGCGGCAAUGGGGAGCGUGUACCAGGACGCUCUGAGGAUCCUUAACGUCCAGGUCCCAGCGGCGAACAUCUGUGACAUCAUCGAGGCGCACUGUCAGCAAUACAGACUCUCUCCUGAGCACGUUCCCUCAGAGCUGGCGGUGGACCUCCGAGCUCUGACUCGACGGACCGUGGCGUUGGUGGAGCUCGCCGCAGAGUCGUGGAUUGUGACCGGUCGCCGCCCCGCCCCCCUCCUGACCGCCGCCAUGUACCUGUCCUGGCAGUCGCUGCAUCCCUCGCCACUGAGGUUGAAGACCGGUCUGGGGAAGUUCUGCCAGAUCGGCGGCGUGCCCAAGAGCAAGUACGCCCUGAUGCGGGUCACGGAGCUCCGAGAGAUGCUGUGCAAACUGGGGAACGCGAUCCCAUGGGAGAAACAGGAAGUGACCCCCGACAACGUGAUGCCGCAGGUGGAGGACAUCCUGGACCAUAGGUUUGCACUGAUGAGGAAAGCACUGAGGAGUUUCGAGGAGUCGCUCCAGACGGAAGCAGAGAAAGCACCAGACCCAGAAGGAGACCAGAGGGACUCACCACUGGAGCGGGAAGUCCGAGACACAGCAGAAGACCCAGGACUCUCACCUUCAGAGCGGUCGGAGGCUGGGGCAGACUGGGGGAAGGGCGUGCUGUUCGCCCCUCCCUGUGUGGGUCGCCCUCGGAAACGGAAGAGGACGCCAAGCAGCAGGACAGACGUGACGGGGGACGAGGACAUCUCUGACAGCGAGAUUGACUCCUACAUAAGAACUCCUCGAGAAGUUCGAGACUUUGUAGCCGCUCAGAAACUCAUCUCCACCGAGAAGGACAACGUGUGA